AUGGAAGCCACCCGGUGCGUGUCGCAUUACUGUCUCCUCCACCUGGUUGCCCAGGUCUUUCGACUGACUCCCCCGCCUUGGCCUCUUUUCAGCCCCCAUCUCGAUCGAGCUCAUGGCGAUAUUGAAACCGGUGUAAGCUGCUCAGGCCCCACUCCCAACCCCUCCUCGCGUGUUCUGACACGCCGAUCGUCAUGCUGAUCUCAUACCUUCACUCCUGAUUGUCCUCCAACAGUUCGCGGAUGUUUUGCAGCCGCGUAUUGAGGCUCAAGUUCAGCAUGCCGCCCCUCCCAUGUGGUUGACGAACUGGGAGUCCAAACGCCCGAUCCUGUUGACCGAAUGUGUUGCCGAAAUGAUCGGGGUGUUCAUUUACGUGAGUAGAUUACCUGCCUGUUCCGAAGCUGCUUACGUAUUAGGAGCAUGUUCUGUCACGGGGGUAAAGGGGGUGUCGGAGGUGAAACGUGGCUGAACCCAAUGCCUCCUGUCUUCGCUAGACGUUCUUCGGUCUUGGAUCCUCAGCUGCGUUCUUCCUGUCUACCGUCGCGAAGGAGGCUGGAUUUGGUAGCUUGUUGACCAUCGGUUUCGCUUACGGUGGAGGUAUCGUGUUCGCCCUCGUCGCGGUCUGUUCGACGUCCGGAGGACAUCUCUCCCCUAGGUGAGUCCCACUUGGUCAUCGGUACCCUAUCGAAACCACUAUACUAAUCAUACAUCGAUGGCCUUCUGACUCCGCCAGUUACACCAUUGCCUUCGCCGUUUUCAAGGGCUUCCCCUGGCGCAAGGUCCCCUUCUACCUUCUCGCUCAAAUCUUAGGUGCCUUUCUCGGAGCUCUCGCCGUCUACGGUGUGUACAAGCAAGAGUUCGAUCAGGCCUACGCCGGAUUCAAGGCCCUCGGCCCCGCUGGAGAGGCCGCCAUAUUCACUGCUCAAGGUCCUGCCGGAGUUUUGGGCUUGUUCCCGGGUACCACACAAACCACCAACUACCUCGUGGCGGUCGAGUUCCUCGCGACCCUCAUCCUGUCCAUGAUUGUCUUUGCUGUCCUUGACGCGUCCAACUUCUUGACGUCCCUCGCAAGUGCUCCUUUCAUCAUCGGUUUCGCUUAUUCGGUCGUCAUCUGGUGCUUCGCCAUCGACUCGAUCUCGCUUAACUCUGCCCGUGACCUCGGUGGACGCAUGGCCUGCUCGGUCGCCUUUGGUUCCAAGUGCUGGACCGCUUGGCCCAAGUACACCGCUAUCGCCGCGCUUGGUGAGUGUCUCCAUCCUUCGUUUUCUAGGCGAAUGCUCUCUUCUAUGAACCAGCUCUGAAUCUUACUCCAUUUCUGAUCUUCCUCAUGCGCGCAGUCAACAUCCCGGGCACACUCUGCGGUUGCGCUAUUCAGGUCCUUCUUCUAAGUGAUAGCGCUCGCAAGCUUCUCCUCCACAACGUCCCUCCCAAGAUGGCCGAGGUCGCGAGGUCGCACAACGAGCGCAACGGUCACUCCGAGUACGACGCCACUUCGAUGCGCGUCCUUACCCGCGACACCCAGAACAUCCCCGUUCAGUACUCGAACGGCAAAAUGGACUAG